UCGAUACUCACCAGUAGUACGCGUGUCUUUCGUGCUUUAGUGACACGUGAAUUAGACCUUCUCUACUACAAUACGACACAACAGGUUCGUGAGUUCUGCCACGCGAUGAACAAAGAGCAUCUGCCCUUCAUAGCGCUCUAAGGCCCAGUUCUGUGAAAGUUAUUAGUUCAAAAGAAGAAAACGCAUCUUUGGUAGAAAGAUGACGGGCUGGUCAUAGAAAGAGAGGAAAUGGGCUCCAGAGAAGUAGAAGAAGAUCUGGAUUGGGAGAACACCACAGCCUCCUACUCGGACAUCCCUGAGAACGGAACCGACUACGGCAACAAAACUACACCCAUCUACUCGAUUGGCCCGGAUUUUAUAGUUCAAUGGAAACUGAAAAAACACAGAGAACGUCUUUGUAGAUACGUCUACCAGAGGUUGUUCACCGAACAAUGCCGUGACACAUUCAACCUAUCUCAUGUGUUCGGCAACUUAUGGAGCCAAGGGAGCGGGUACGCGUCUUGGGGAAGUGGUGACAUAGUGGCAGACUACGACUCGGGGCCAGACUGGUACAAUUCGACCGCCAACACCACCGAACCUCUUCUGGUCAACGUCACUUCUAUCCCAGGGGUCACAGAGCUUACUCCUGUCCUCCCAGUCUUCGAACCCUGGCAGAGUUUUCUCAUCGCUCUGUUCAUCGGCAUCUGCAUAGUGCUGACAGUAGGCGGCAACAUUCUGGUGCUCAUGGCAUUCAUUGUAGAUCGCAGCAUCCGACAACCCAGCAACUACUUCAUCGCCUCACUGGCAGCUACUGAUAUGCUUAUCGGGACAGUUUCAAUGCCGUUCUACACAGUAUACGUGCUGAUGGGUUACUGGGACCUAGGACCCAUACUGUGUGACUUGUGGUUAAGUGUGGACUAUACAGUGUGUCUAGUAUCUCAAUACACAGUACUUCUCAUCACAAUUGACAGAUUUUGCUCCGUCAAGAUAGCAGCCAAGUACCGGAGCUGGCGUACCAAGAACAGAGUCAUUUGGAUGGUGACCAUAACUUGGAUUAUUCCGGCUCUCCUGUUCUUCAUCAGUAUAUUUGGAUGGGAGCAUUUCGUUGGCUUUAGAGAUUUGCUACCUGGUCAAUGCGCAGUGCAGUUCCUGAAAGAUCCUGUGUUCAACACUGCACUUAUAAUCGGAUAUUACUGGACAACUUUGGUGGUGCUUUUCAUCCUUUACGGUGGAAUAUACAAGGUUGCCUACGAUAUGCAGAAGAAAAGUGAAGCGAAACAGAGGAAAAUGCAGUCGAUGGUGGCUCUAAGUGCUGGAGCAAUGUCAGGAAUGGCGGGAAGAGCAGCAGGCAUCGGUUUGUCAAAAACCCAAAGUACUCUUCUAAGUCAGGACAAACCCAAAACAUCCAGUAGCAGUGCAAAUGCUCCUGGACCUCCACAAGUAAGCCAGCAAAUUAGUGGAGAGUCCUCUUCAAGCCAAAAGAAGUCAUCAACUACUGGAACUUCUAGUAACGUUACGGGAGAGACAACUACUUCGAUUGAUAAAAAGCAGAACGCAAAUGGGUGCGAACAAGAAAAAUCUGAAAGAUCUAGUAGCCCAGCGUUCGAUUCGGACGAAGACAGCACUGCUGCACCAAAAGAAACAUUACCCGUUCAGAAAGUUGACUGGUCUAGAAAACGGUCAUCAAUAGCAAACAUCGUUGUUAGUUCAGGUGCACUACAAGUAUUUAUGAACGCUAGCAACGCUAGGCUAAAUGGUGUUAUCCCUGCUAAAUCUCCUGAUUCUGCUCCAACAAACAGGAUUGGUUCUAACUCAACAACUCCUCAAGCUGAGUUUGUGUCUUCUGGUGGUUUACCUCUGAUUCCAGAAACGAGCUUACUCGAUACCGACAAUCCUUCGGAGGCUACACCAGGAAAUAUGUCAUCAAAGACAUUGACUCCUGUGUUAGCACAGAAAGAUGAUUUUAUCAAAGACGACACACAUAGCGUUAAAUCUGCUUCGGAGGCAUCCUCUCUUCCAGCCUCUAGCAUUCAUUCUCACCAAUCUCACCCCUCACACCAGUCAUUGCAGUCAGAGAGAUCACUCGAGUCACACCAGUCACACCAAUCACAGCCAUCUCACCAGUCUCAACAAUCUCAACGGAUCAUUCCACCUCCCUCUCAGUUUCAAGGCAGUACACCUGAAUCCGAUGGGUCACUUGCCAGCACAGAUCGUCCAAGGAGUCUUCUAGUUACCAAUACUCACGGUGUUUACAAUGUAACAUUCGAUAUUCUUGUUGGCCUAGACAAUUCAGAUCUAAAAUAUAUGGAUGAAAGUUCUGUAAUAGUGCCCUCUCCUAAUGUAGAGAGCCCACCGUCAUCUUUGAGCUUCCCUAUCAGUUCAACGACAGCACCACCAUCUCCUGUGCAUAAUGUUAUUACAGUGAGUAACACAUCUCUAUUACAAGCGGCUCUGAUUCGAGCGGCGGCUCAGCAAGUUUCAGGGACCCCUCCGAGGAUUUCUACUCCUCCCAUUACCAAAGUAAAUACGGAGGUAAGUUUAGAGUCCAUGGUGAGCCAAAAGCCUGUCACGACAGUAGUGUCCACGGUAGAGGACCCACCCACAAUAGAUGUUCCAAGUGGAACACCAGCGACAAUCAUUUCUACGACAUCAAACUCUGUAGCGACAAUUCAAAACAUCCAAUCAGCUCCUCCUACCCCAGAGGUGAAAAAAGAGUCUUUGAAAAAGAAAGAUUCGACUGAAAAAAGAGAUGGAUCUCGAAGAGACUUUGUGAAAACUAUAGGUAAACGUCUCAAGGCCAAAGGGAAGAAAGGCAUCGGUAGGCAAAAGUCAAAAUCAGAAAACAGGGCGAGAAAAGCUUUUCGAACGAUAUCAUUUAUACUAGGUGCUUUUGUAGCUUGUUGGACACCUUACCACAUAUUAGCGUUGGUGGAGGGAUUCUGCAAUAAUCCUCCGUGUACUAACGAGUACCUUUACCUUUUUUCCUAUUUUCUCUGCUACGCCAACAGCCCCAUGAAUCCUUUUUGCUACGCUCUAGCAAACCAUCAGUUUAAAAAGACUUUUACUAGACUUUUGAAAGGAGAUUUUCACAUGACGUGAGCACUUAAUCCAUAACAUUUGUAGUGAUAUUAAUGUAUAUUGUACUAAUCUACUUUACGUAUCUGUGACGGGAAUUCUUGAAACAUUCAACUAUGUUAAAACUCCCUAAUAAUCGUUUUAUUAAUCCACACGCGUGUGCCAAACAACAUUAAAUUCGUAUGAGUAGUAAAUUGCCUUUAUAGAGGUAGUUAGUAU